UACAGAGUUGACAACAAUCAGAGAAAAUCAAUGGAUAAAAGCGUGAGAAUCAAUAAUAUAUUUAAAAUAAAAAUCAGAGGAUCAAUCCAUAAGGAACAGAGAGACGGUCCUCAGAUAUCGGUUAUCGAUCAGUUCCAUCAAUCAACAUCAGUCUGUCUCCGUGAUGCGAGUCUGUUUGUGUGCAUGAACGUGCGCGUGCCCGCCGCGCUGUGCGCGCGCCUCGCGGUGCUGAUGGAGCUUCAUUCACUCUGAACAGAGAACCUGCUGCAUCAAUGAGGAGGAGGAGGAGGAAGGUGAAGAGCAGGGAUCCUUCAUCUGAUCAGAUCAUCGAUCCGCGAUGAUCGAUCAGUGUCCGCAGCCGCGCUGAUCAGGUGCUCUGAGUCCGCGGCGGCUGCACGAGGCGACAAUCAGCGUAAUCAAUCACACCUGAUGUGAGCCGCGGCGCGGGGAGCAGCGCGAGCCGCAGCGGGAGACAAUCAGCUGACCGGAGGACACAGCGGCUCUGACUGCGGGUUCGGGACUCCGGACUGGUUUCUGGGUCACGUGACCGAAGAGCCGCAGGUGCGAUCCCCGCCGGAGGUGAAGAGGCAGCGGAGGGAAAUCGGCAGGUGACCCAGGUCGGCCCGAGAACUGCAACUGCACGCCCAGUUAACAGCUAACCAACCAAGUCGGCCAGCUGACUGGUGAAGCAGUCCUGUGGUGGAGUUCAGGCUGUUGGAUGGCCACAGGAGUGAACUACUGCAGCUCUUAUGAACCCAGUUACAAGGUGAGUGAGUGUGUGUGGGGCGGCGAACAGGAGUCGAGCAGCGAGGAGGGAGGAGGCGGGACCACAUGGGAAACACAAGCCAUGGAGGUCAAAGGUCAACUCAUCUCAGCACCUGACCCUCUCACCUGUACAAACAGGAAGGAGAGGGAGCGAAUGGCAGAGCUGCAGGAGAGGAGGCGGAGCCUGCAGGCGCUGCUGAGCGCACGAUUGGCUGAGCUGAGACGCAUCUGUCUACAAGAGGCGGAGCUGACGGGUGCGGUGCCCAGUGACUUCCCCCUGGAGGCGGGAGAGAAACCCCCCUGCGUCCGACGGAGAGGUGGGAUGUCUCGCCAAGGGAACAGGAAGUGUCGAGCAGAGGAGGAAGACUCUCAGCGUUCGAAGCCGAAGAAAACUUUAUUCAGCGGCGCUCUGAGGAAACACAGCGACUCUGAACACAACAGCAACACACAGACACACACACACCACGGCAAGAGGACUGUACACAGAGGCUGCCACACAGACGACACAGUGAGGUCAGAGAGCAGCUCGACAUCAGACUCCACAGGACACGACAACGAUGACGGCGUGUCUCAGUGUCGCCCCCCGCUGGUCUCUGCUGGUUCUCCUGUGGAGGUUUUCUACCAGAACCGAACCCGGAGGAACUCGGUGCUCAGCAGGACCAACCAUCCAGAGACUCUUCAGACCCACAAGCCCCUCCCCCUGCCUCCCUCCCACCCACCCCCCCUCCCCCUCUAUCCUCCCCCUCGCUCUCAGGACUCCUCCUCCUCCUCCGGCCCCUCUGAUCCAGGAGCAGCAGGGGACGGGGGGGUCAGGGGUAACGGCGCUCGUCACAGUAACAGCUCGGACUGCCUCCUGGACCGCAUCGCCACCCCGGAGGAGGAGGGGGGCCCGCAGCAGGGGGGAUUGUGGGUAAACGGUCAGCCGGGGUCCAGAGGAACGAACGCCGCCGGGAAGUUCAGGAGCUCCGAGGCGCUGACGGAUGGACGGGCGAGGUUGAGUAAUGGAUUCACCGAGGGGCGAGGAAGAGGAGGAGGAGGAGGAAGAGGAGGGGGGUACAGCGAGGUCCUGCUGGAGUACGUGUGGGGGAAACAGCAGCAGCUGCAGCAGCAGCAGUCCCAGACCAGCAACAGGCAGCCAAUCACGUCACACCACCAGCUGCUCUACAACGGCUUCUCCUCCCAGCAGCCCCCGGGAGCCCCGCCCACGUACCGCGGCCAGGCGGGCGACCAGCGGCGAGUCAAAGUGACCCGCACAAAGUCCUGCGGCCCCUUCCUCCCGGUGCCGCAGGGCCAGACUGAUUCCCAGAUUCCCCCUCUGUCUGCCAUCCAGCCAGACCCCCACCCCCACCUGCUGCCCCCCCGGCCACCACAGCUGCCCCCUGCCCAGGACGCUCAGCUGGAGGAGGCCAACAGGAGCCUCCACAAGGCCCUCGCCCUGGAAGGUCUGAGGGACUGGUACCUGAGGAACACGAUAGGCUCCACCCAUCAAACCCAGGCCAACGGAAAGGUGAACGCAGGGGUCAACGCCAAGGUCAAAGGUCAGGCCGGAGGGGGAGGAGCUCCGCAGGGCAGACGGAGGACUCACGGCGGCAUCCAGCAGUCGUCCUAUCAGACGGAGACGGGACAUCAUCACGCGCCGCCGCAUCACAAACAGAAGCUGCCGCAUUCGGCCACGUUCCACGGACAUCCGCUGCACGGCAGGUCUGUGGACAGCUCUCUCUACCACGACUCCUUCCCUCCUCAGAAACAGGAAGUUCCUCUCAGAGACCUGACCGUGGAUCAGCCGUCUCCCGGAACUCUGGUCUGACCAAUCAGGACGCUGAGGGACGGAUACACAGGCCAAUCCCGGGCUGGCUCCCCAGGAUCCGCAGACUUUGUGGUUCUCCUGAAGAACCAGGAGAACCUCCUGCAGCUCAGCGUGAACGCCGUUCAGGUUACACCAGCAGCUUCUCUGAGGCUCCGCCCACACGACUACGUUCUCGUUUUAAAACUCAGACCUUCUGCAGCUGCGGAGCAGACAACCUUCUUCCUGUUUACGCCGGCUCGCACACGCUCCGUGUACGUGAACGCUCACGUGAUGUGCGUAUUGAGUCGUUUAGUACAGACGGAGAUCAGCUCUGAUGCGGAGCUGAAACGCUGGUGUGGACGCAGAUCGUAGUCGUGUGGACGUAGCCCCAGUUCACCUGAAACCCCGCCCACCCUGACGUCACACAUGAUGUCAGGGUGGCGUCUCUGACAUCACACGUCAAACUGCAGGAUUUGUUUUUAAAUUUUUCUACGACGGCGUCUUCAAUCUGUUAUCAGACUCUGCUCAGACAAUCAAACGCAGUUUUUAUACGAUGAUGAUGAAACUGUUGCACCAGCUGACGUCACCGCCGCCGUUUGUCUGGUCAGAUCAGCUCUUGCUAAAGGUUAAACUGAUCAGAUCAGGUGACCUGUUUGAUCCCUCAGGUGAGUCCAGGCAGAAACCAGCAGGUGAGAUUCUUCAGGUAUUCUUACAGUUUGGACUCGACGCCUCUGCACUAAACGUUAAAGCGCCGCUGCAGGUCGGUCCUGCUCACUUCUUUCCUCGUCACAUAACCAGAAGUUCCUCGUUCCUUUCACCCGGUGAAGAACCAGGAACACCAGAACGUUCCUCUCUCUGACUCUGAGCAGCAACAGAAAGUUUAUACGCACAAAGCUGUUCUCUUGGUGUUCCUGUCUGUGUCUCUGCACAGGUGCGACGACUCGUGAGGUCGGUUCUGUUUUCAUGUUUGUUUAUUUUUAAUUAAAUUGGUGAUACAGAAUGUGUAACAUGAGUCACACCGAGAACAUUUAGCCUGACAGGUGCUUCACUGCUGGCCUGUUACUUACUUCAGGAACCAUAAUUUCAUACCGAAAAAAUUGAAAGCAAACACAAAUUAAGGGAGAACAUGAGAAACAUGACACCAUGAGAACAGGACAUCAUGAGAAACAUAACACUAGGAGAACAUGAGAAACAUGACACCAUGAGAACAGGACAUCAUGAGAAACAUAACACUAGGAGAACAUGAGAAACAUGACACUAUGACAACAGGACACCAUGAGAACAUGAAAAACAUAACACUAGGAGAACAUGAGAAACAUGACACCAUGACAACAGGACACCAUGAGAACAGGACAUCAUGAGAACAUGAAAAACACAACACUAGGAGAACAUGAGAAACACAACACUAGGAGAACAUGAGAAACACGACACUAGGAGAACAUGAGAAACGGGACACUAGGAGAACAUGAGAACAGGACAACAUGAGAAACAUAACACUAGGAGAACAUGAGAAAAGGACACCAUGAGAAACAUGAGGACAGGACACCAUGAGAACAUGAGAAACAUAACACUAGGAGAACAUGAGAACAGGACACCAUGAGAACAUGAGAAACAUGAGGACAGGACACCAUGAGAACAUGAGAAACAUGAGGACAGGACACCAUGAGAACAUGAGAAACAGAACACUAGGAGAACAUGAGAAAAGGACACCAUGAGAAACAUAACACUAGGAGAACAUGAGAACAGGACACCAUGAGAACAUGAGAAACAUGAGGACAGGACACCAUGAGAACAUGAGAAACAUGAGGACAGGACACCAUGAGAACAUGAGAAACAUAACACUAGGAGAACAUGAGAAGCAUAACACUAGGAGAACAUGAGAACAGGACACCAUGAGAACAUGAGAAACAGAACACUAGGAGAACAUGAGAAACAGAACACUAGGAGAACAUGAGAACAGGACACCUGGAGAACAUGAGAAACAGAACACUAGGAGAACAUGAGAAAAGGACACCAUGAGAAACAUAACACUAGGAGAACAUGAGAACAGGACACCAUGAGAACAUGAGAAACAUGAGGACAGGACACCAUGAGAACAUGAGAAACAUGAGGACAGGACACCAUGAGAACAUGAGAAACAUAACACUAGGAGAACAUGAGAAGCAUAACACUAGGAGAACAUGAGAACAGGACACCAUGAGAACAUGAGAAACAGAACACUAGGAGAACAUGAGAACAGGACACCUGGAGAACAUGAGAAACAGAACACUAGGAGAACAUGAGAAACAUAUCACUAGGAGAACAUGUGAACAGGACACCUGGAGAACAUGUGAACAGGACACUAGGAGAACAUGUGAACAGGACACCUGGAGAACAUGAGAAACAGAACACUAGGAGAACAUGAGAAACAGAACACUAGGAGAACAUGAGAACAGGACACCUGGAGAACAUGAGAAACAGAACACUAGGAGAACAUGAGAAACAGAACACUAGGAGAACAUGAGAACAGGACACCUGGAGAACAUGAGAAACAGAACACUAGGAGAACAUGAGAACAGGACACUAGGAGAACAUUAGAACAGGACACCUGGAGAACACGAGAAACAGGACACCAUGAAAACAGGAGAAGGAACUUCCUGUCAGUCGGUCUGACGAGGACUUCAGUCUCUGCAGGACUUGGAGUCAGAAUCCAGAUCCAGUCUGAGAGCAAUAAGAGGAUCGAAGCUUUUCAACUUUUCAGGAUGAAAAUAAUUUGCAGCGACAAUCAGACGAUGACGUCACAGUGUUGACUGAUUUAUAAAUAUGUUUAUUGAUCGACUGAAUGGAGCCUGUUUUUGUACCGAGCUUCACACUUUUAUAAAAAUGUUGGACUCGACAUGAACGAAAUGCAACUUUUUAACAUGUGAAAUCAGUGUUUUAUGGAGGUCUGAUGAUUCUUAUCAGUAUGUUUAUUACUGUUCAAUAAGUUGUCUGUCUGUCGACACCCAGAGCAACACAUUCUCUCUCCCGACUCCUCACAUAUGGACGCUUGGUCAAGACCCCUUGGCGUCACUUUUUAACAUCCUGGGUACCCUUUAGCGUCGUCUAACAUAGAAACAUAACACUAGGAGAACAUGAGAACAGGACACUAGGAGAAUAUGAAAAACAGGACACCAUGAGAAACAGGACAACUUAAGAACAUGAGAAACAACAUUAGGAGAACAUGAGAAACAGGACAACUUGAGAACAUGAGAAACAAAAUUAGGAGAACAUGAGAACAGGACACCAUGAGAACAUGAGAAACAACAUUAGGAGAACAUGAGAAACAGGACACCAUGAGAACAUGAGAAACAGGACACCAUGGGAACAUGAGAAACAGGACACCAUGAGAACAUGAGAAACAUAACAUUAGGAGAACAUGAGAAACAGGACACCAUGAGAACAUGAGAAACAUAACAUUAGGAGAACAUGAGAACAGGACACCAUGAGAACAUGAGAAACAACAUUAGGAGAACAUGAGAAACAGGACACCAUGAGAACAUGAGAAACAACAUUAGGAGAACAUGAGAACAGGACACCAUGAGAACAUGAGAAACAACAUUAGGAGAACAUGAGAAACAGGACACCAUGAGAACAUGAGAAACAACAUUAGGAGAACAUGAGAACAGGACACCAUGAGAACAUGAGAAACAACAUUAGGAGAACAUGAGAAACAGGACACCAUGAGAACAUGAGAAACAACAUUAGGAGAACAUGAGAACAGGACACCAUGAGAACAUGAGAAACAACAUUAGGAGAACAUGAGAAACAGGACACCAUGAGAACAUGAGAAACAACAUUAGGAGAACAUGAGAACAGGACACCAUGAGAACAUGAGAAACAACAUUAGGAGAACAUGAGAAACAGGACACCAUGAGAACAUGAGAAACAACAUUAGGAGAACAUGAGAAACAGGACACCAUGAGAACAUGAGAAACAACAUUAGGAGAACAUGUGAACAGGACACCAUGAGAACAUGAGAAACAACAUUAGGAGAACAUGAGAAACAGGACACCAUGAGAACAUGAGAAACAGGACACCAUGGGAACAUGAGAAACAUAACAUUAGGAGAACAUGAGAAACAGGACACCAUGAGAACAUGAGAAACAUAACAUUAGGAGAACAUGAGAACAGGACACCAUGAGAACAUGAGAAACAUAACAUUAGGAGAACAUGAGAAACAGGACACCAUGAGAACAUCAUAGUUUGGCUUAAAAUAACAAUGUUACGUGACUUAAGUUACGUUACAUGCGUAAUUUAUGCCACUUACAUAACCUAUUUAAGGAAUAAAAACACUCAGUGUUGACUGUCAUAUAUCCUACAUCUACCUUUACUGUUCAUAAAUGAACCUGCAUAUCUUCCCCAGUGCGUUACAAACUCGUGCCAACGGGUCUUCACCAUGUGUCCAUAUGUGACGACUUGGGAGUGAGAAUGUGUUUCCCAGAGGCCUCGGCUCUUUUACAGUCUGAUCUGAGCUCAGAAACCAGUCUGAACCUCCUGCUUGCUCCAACAUGACGUCGCGCAGUUUUAAUGACGUCUGAAAGAUAAAGUCACAAAUGAACUUCACCAGCAGACAAGGUCACAGUGACUGACUUCAUCAACGUAGAUUUACACGAGCGGCAGCGAGCGACAUGAUGGAUCCACAUCUCUUUAGCCGUGGUAGUGACGUCUGUCUGUCCGCCACUUUGUUCAGACUGAAAUAUCUAUUGGAGGAUUUUUUGUUUGGUUUCUGUAGUAAAACUGAUUAAAAGCACAAACUCUGCUGUCAUGUGACCAUGGAUGUAUAAAGAUAGCUGCUUACAGCGUUGGAGGCGGGGCCACGUCCAUUCCUAUGAAAGCUGCUGAGCGGCUCCGGGGUUUAAAUGGGGAUAAAAUGAUUUAAUGGUGCAGCUCUUCUAGACUUUCCAGAUGUUAUCAGGCCGAAUGGAUCAGUUUCUGAUAGUGAACUGAGUCAUUUCAUUGGGUUUGUGACUCAAAAACCUUUCACAGUCUCUUGUUUCACAAUGUCUGUCUGUGGGAAAAGUCUUUUUGGGCCACAGUGCAUCACGUGACGGGAAGUUGCAAGUCCACGCUUUGGCCACUAUGGCGGCACAGGCCAAAAAAAAAGUUCCGCUUUACUUUCAGGUACGCGGCCAACUGAAAAUGCACAGUAGGGUUUCGAGUUCCCACGUUGUGAUGACGUAGCUGAUUUAAAAAUUGCUUUUCUCAGCUCGAGGAAAGUUUUACAAAUAUAAAACCUCCGCGGUUCAACCGUUCCUAAUAGAAAUAGUCACAUUUUACCUUGUUUGUGUGUUUUAUAAAGGUGGCUUACGUGGAAAAUGCCUUCUGGGCUGCUGCAGUACUGUGAGUGGCCACUGGAAAAAACUGGAAGUAAGGCCGAGAGAUGACGUCUUAUUAUACAUCCAUGCCUCACAGCCGUUAUUUAUAUCCCCCACCUGUUUUGCAUCCCGCCCUACUGCGCUGUGAUUGGCUAGCUCAUUACUUUGACGCAUUCUUCUGAUUGAACAUCAGUUUUUCUCUCGAAUUUUCGGCAAGUCCCGCUACCAAACAGUGACGCCACUGAUGCUGACGAUAAUGUAAUAAUAAUACAAAUUAAAGUACAUGUUUAUUUUAGGAAAUCAUGUAUUCAUAACCAAAACUGUGUUGAAUGAACACGUUACACGCAGAAAGCUUAGAGAACCGUAUGAGAUAACAAAACACACUAAAAUAAUUUCAAAUGAAAGCAUUUUAGUUAACAUAAUUGUCGGGGAGAUCUAGGGAGAAGGCUGCGCUCGUUAUCUUAACGUGUGUCAAUUAACUAAUCAGAUCGUUCCUAUUUCAUAAUGAAGAACAACUACAAAAGUUAUUCAGUAAGUUGCAGCUAAUGUUCACUCACAAGGACGCGUUGAAGGAACUGAGCGGGACGCAAAACAGGUGGGAAAAAUAACGCACUUCAGAGGAGCAGAAAGACUCCCAGCAUGCACUUCUUCUAACUGGUCAAAACUCUGAAUACACAGUGUCUGGGUACAGUACUGUGGAGUACUGUGAAUAUUCAGGGCUGUAGCUACGAUUAUACAAAUGCACACAAGUCACAGGUCCAAAUUCCUCCAGCGGAACUCCACCAGCCAAACUCUGUACAAAUUUGUGAGAAUUUAAAAAAGCAUAUUUAUUCACGUACCUGUUCAGUUGUAUUUCAUGUAAGUUUUUGUCACACUGUGUUGGAGUGUGGUCCCAGGUAUUUUGGUCUGGUUAGAAAUAUUCUUUUUAUUUAAAUGUAAUAAAAAAACAAACUCCUUGAUUCAUCACGUGUUUAAUCAGAGAAUAUAAACUCGUCCUCCAGCCAUUAUUAACAUACAGAGGACACGACCUCCUCAGUGAUAUAACCCUGACAGUAUUUGGUCAGAGUACAGUGCUGUACUUGUGCAGUAGUACUAGUACCGUGCAGUACUCUGUUGUACCAGUAUUUGUUCAGUCCCCCUUCAGGUCCAGGAUCAGCUGUUGUCCAGCUGUCUAAACAGUCUGUGGGAGUGACAUCACAGCUGUUUCUGUCGUGAUGCGUUCAGGUGCACUCUGUAUAGUCGGUGUUUCUUGUACAGUCUGAACUUUGUGUAAAAAUCAUUUUCUAUCUUUUUGGACUAUUUUGUCAUUUGUACUUUUUUCACUCUGAACUCUUUCUGCUGUUUGACGUUGGAAACUUAAAAGGCUUCAUGUAAAUACAAAUAAAAUGACACACUGUAAACAUGCUGUUUUUAAAUAAAGAUUUCUCUUCACUGA